AUGCAGAACCUGCCCCCUACUAAUGUGAACUGGGCUCCGCCCCCUGGAAUGCCGCCGCUGCCAGCCGGCUGGGUUGCUGAAUGGGAUACCAAUUACAACGCAUGGUACUUUGCAAAUAUCGAAACAGGAACUUCACAAUGGCAAUUCCCUGGGACAACCCCCGUUUUCUCCCCUCAUGAGUCGCCAAACCUGUCGCAAUAUGACCAGGAUGCCGAGCUUGCCGCGAGGUUACAGGCGGAGGAAAACUCCCACACACCAAGUGGCAAUCAUAGCCAUCACCACAGCCAAAACCACUCCCUGGAAAGCGACGCAGCCUUGGCCUUGAGACUACAGAAUGAAUCAGAAAACAGCGAUGCAGCUUUAGCAGCCCGACUCCAGAACCAAUCGUUGGAGAGCGACGCAGCGCUGGCGGCCAGGCUCCAAAACGGGUCCUAUGAAAGCGACGCGGCGCUGGCGGCCAGGCUUCAGAAUGGCACGACGGAGAGUGACGCGGCAUUAGCAGCCAGACUGCAGAACGGCGGACCGCAGAGCGACACCACGGAGAGCGAUGCUGCUAUGGCGGCUAGGUUGCAAGCAGAGGAAGACGCACGGAACAGCUCAAGACCAUCCGGUCGCCAUGGCAGACCCGAAUCACGACCAGAGUAUCACGGUUAUUACGGUGCAGACGAAGAGAUCCCUCCCGAGCUUCCAGCUCGCCCGCAGUCUGGUGGGAACAUGUUCGACAAGCUGACCAACAAGCUCAAUUCUCAAGCCUCCGCCAGCGGUCAACCCAACAAAUACCCAGCGCCUUCAGGCUCUCCUCCCAAGAAAGCGCGGUGGGGGAAUGCGGAGGCACAUCUCGGUGCCUUGAGUGGGAUGAUGAAGGAUCGGUUAAAGAAUAAAAACAAAGAAGGGCGUCACGAUUGA